AUGUUCUCGCAAUUGCUACGUCACAUACCGCCCACGCUGCAGCGGCGAGCGACUUUAAUCGAACAUCGUAAAACGACCUGUUUUUGCGCACAAUCGUUACAAUAUUGCGAAUACGGCGAACCCGCUGACGUUCUGCAGCUUGUCGAAUUGGAUUUGUCCGAACCGAAAGACAACGAAGUGUUAGUGAGAUUGCUAGCCGCACCGAUUAACCCCUCCGACAUCAACACCAUACAAGGCAAAUAUCCGGUGAAGUUACCGUUACCCGCAAUCGCCGGCAAUGAGGGUGUCGGGGAAGUGCUGCGCGCCGGCGCCAAUGUGCAAAAGCUGAAGCGAGGUCAACGUGUUGUUGUAGUCGAGAGCGCGCUGGGCACUUGGCGGACACACGGAAACUUUUCCGAACAACAGCUCUUGGGUAUACCGAAUAAGAUGGACUUGGCGACCGCUGCCACAAUGGUAGUGAAUCCACCGACUGCCUAUCGCAUGCUGAAGGACUUUGUGCCACUCGCACAAGGCGAUUGCGUUAUACAAAAUGGCGCCAAUAGCGCUGUCGGUCAAAUAGUUCACCAAUUGUGUAAAGCAUGGGGUCUGAAAUCAAUUGGCAUCGUGCGAAAUCGCCCGAAUUUGGAAGAGCUGAAAACGUAUCUCAAACUACUCGGUGCGAGUGAGGUGCUAACAGAGGAAGAGCUAGCGCAAAAGGAUGUGACGAAUAAACUCUGCAAACUGCCGACGCCUCGUCUAGCGCUCAAUUGUGUUGGCGGUAAGAAUGCGUCGGACAUGGCAAAGCUGUUAGCCGUCAAGGGUGUCAUGGUCACAUAUGGCGGCAUGUCGCGUAAGCCUGUGGUGAUUCCAACGCCUGCGCUUAUUUUUAAAAAUAUCUCCUUCUGUGGAUUUUGGGUCACACGUUGGAUGAGAGAGCACAAGGGUAAGCCGACGCGUGACAAAAUGUUUACCGAACUAAUUGAGAUGUUCGACCAAGGCAAGUUGAAAGGUAUUAAACACGAGAUGGUGCCACUGAAGGAUUAUAAAAAGGCAGUUUCAGAUGCAUUGGACUUAAAGGGCAUGGUGGGGAAGAAAUAUAUUUUGCAAAUGAAAUGUUGA